UUAGAUGUAAACAACGACUGAACUACUUUCACAUAAAUCAUCGAACAGCAUUAGAUUUGACAUUUAAAUGGCGCAGUUGGGAUUUUGUACACUGCUUGUUUUUUCCGGCCUGCUCCAUCACAUCAAAAGCCAUAUUAAAAAAGAAGACAACCCUGAAGGGAAGGAACGACCCAAUUUCAUCAUUAUCUUAGCUGAUGAUAUUGGAUGGGGAGACCUCUGGUUAAACAGGCCUGACAACUCCACACCAACACCCUGGCUGGACUCAUUAAUGCUGAAGGGCAAACGAUUCACAGACUUCCACUCUCCUGCCUCCACAUGUUCUCCAUCUCGCGCCUCCAUCCUGACCGGCAGACACGGCCUACGCAAUGGGGUCACUCAUAAUUUUGCAGUAGGGUCAGUAGGAGGAUUACCUCUUAAUGAGACCACGUUUGCUCAGCUCCUGCAUGAUGAAGGUUAUUACACAGCUAUGAUCGGAAAAUGGCAUCUUGGACACAAUGGUUCUUACAGUCCUGUUCAUAGAGGUUUUGACUAUUACCUGGGUAUUCCCUACAGUAAUGACAUGGGCUGCACUGACAAACCAGGCCUUGACCUUCCCAGCUGUCCUCCCUGUGUACAUAGUCAGUAUAGUAUUAAUAAGAAGCAUGAGGGAUGCUACACCAAAGUGGGAUUACCUCUGUUUGAAAAUGAGAAGAUUAUUGAGCAACCCUUGGACACAUGGAGCCUUAAAGACAGAUAUGCAACAGCGGCAGUCCAGCAGAUUUUCACAGCCAGUGUUACUAAGAAGCAGCCGUUCCUCCUAUAUGUGGCUCUCGCUCACAUGCAUGUGCCGCUGUUCCAUAACACCUUCCUAAAUGUCACAACUGAAGACCCCUACACAGCCAGUCUCAGUGACAUGGACUCACUUGUGGGCAAUAUCGUGCAGGCGCUCAUCACUGAACAGUUGGAAAACACCCUCAUAUGGUUCACUGGUGACAAUGGCCCUUGGGAGCAGAAAUGCCUGUUUGCUGGGCAUGUUGGGCCUUUUGUUGGAAGAUGGCAGACAAAUAAAGGUGGCGGAUCAGCAAAGAGAACCACAUGGGAAGGAGGUCACCGUGUUCCCACAGUCGUCUCAUGGCCUAAGAAGAUCAAACACAACAGCUCAAGUGAUGCCCUGCUGAGUGGUCUGGAUAUCUUUCCAACUGUCCUCUCUCUGGCUGGGGUCAAACCUCCAUCAGAUCGACGCUAUGAUGGCAUUGAUAUUACUGAUGUUCUGCUCAACGACUCUGAAACAGGGCAUGAGAGUCUCAUGCAUCCAAACAGUGGCGCUGCAGGACAAUAUGGUGACCUUCAGACUGUCAGACUCAAACAUCACAAGGCAUUUUACAUCACAGGCGGAUCAGUGGCAUGUGAUGGAGAAAGUGGACCUCAGCAACAUCACGACCCUCCAUUGAUAUUUGACCUCUCUCAGGACGAGGCAGAAGAGACGCCUCUGGACCCCGAGAGCAAGGAGUUCAGAUCUGUCCUGAAGCAGGUGGAGAGGGAGAGAGAGGCUCUGCUCUGGGACAUCGCCACAGAUCGAGUCUCAGCGGCCGAUUACACUGUCAUUCCCUCUGCUGAGCCCUGCUGUGAGCCACAAAACCCCGUCUGCCGCUGUCACCGCCUGAAAUGAGGUCAGUGGCUCAGCACUGCUGCACAACUCAUUAUUAGAGUGGAUGGAAUGUUUUUUAAGAGGUUGUUUUAUUUGUUUUUGUUUUUUGGUAAUUAAACUGAAAUGUUAAAUGAA